AUGCCACGGCCGGAUCCAGCACGGCCGGCGCGACGCCCUGCGAAGCGGCCUAGAAGCGCAGGCGGCAGGCCGGAGGCGAGGAGCGACGUCUACCGCCCGCUGCGCCACGCCGAGCCGGCGGCGGCGGCGUCCUCGGAGCGCGCCGUUGUGGUCAUUUUGGAGAAGGCGGGCCUUCUGCUGGGGCGCGAGGGCGUCGUCGACGCGUACGACCGGGCGGCCACCACCGAGAUCGCGAACGCCUCGCUGCGGGACGUGCGCCCCGACAUUGUGCACCAGUGCCUCCUCGCCCUCUUCGACUCGGAGCUCGGCGCGCAGCGGCGGCUGCGGGUGUACAUCAGCCUCUUCGCGCGCAGCGGGCGCACCGUCGAGGUCUCCCCCGCCCUGCGCCCGCCGCGCACCUUUCGCCGCUUCAAGGGCCUCGUCGCCGCGCUGCUCCGCGACGGCGAGGUGCGGGCGGCGGACGGGGCGGUGCUGAUGCGGGUGCUCCCGGGCUCCGUCGCGCCGGUCGUGCCGUACGGGGCGCCGGUCAUUGGGCUGACAAACGCCGCCGCCGCGCCGGUGCGCACCGCGACGCAGUUGGCCCGCGAGUCGCUUGCGGCCCCGGUGGACGACACUCUGCAGGGCGGCGUGAAGAACGUUGCGGGGUUCUUCUGCAUCUCCUGCACGGACGAGGCCGACCUCGACGGCGUCGACUACGUGACGCAGCAGGCGUGCCUGAGCGCCUACCCAACAACGGCGCACGUGAUGUGCGCCCGCAUCUGCGAGGGGUUUACGCGGGCGGCGAGGGCGACUGCCGCCGCGGCCGGCAGUGGCGAGUAA